AUGUCAUCGUUGCUGCACCGCGAGGCUAUUACUGCUACGUACGAGAAUAUUGCAGGACUAUUAAAAGACUAUCUAAUGAAGCCGGUUCAAUCUCAAGCUUUCUCAACGCAAAUCCGGACACCCACUCAAUGUCAGACAGUUUUGACGACGAACCGACUUUUCAUCCUCAGGUCUUCUCGCAUGCCCCCUCAGUUUCCAUAUCAUCCGCUUCAGCUUCAUCAUCUUGCAUCUCUCAUACCACCGCGCCCAAUCACGUCGAAUUCUCAAACUGGACCCUCCCGGUCGCGUGGGAAGACAAAGCAACGGUUGGAAACAAAACAAGUUGGGAUCGAGCCUUACACUGAGUAUGGAAACGAUGAUCUUAUGCAAAGAACAGCGAAGACAGGAAUGAGAAUGUAUGCCAACAAUAAUUUCAGGUUACAAAGCGGACUAUUAUAUCUACUGCAUGUAGGACUCGGAGUGAGCGCGUGGGUUCAUAAUCAUGGUGAUGAUGCUAUAGUGAUGGGUGAGAAUAAACAGGAAGCACGCCAUGAAUUGUCAUGGAUGAAAAUAUAUACCAAAGAUGCGUAA